AUGGCCGAAUUGACUUCGGCUUGCCCGAACCUGCAAUGCCGAAGUGGAGAAGUCGCAUACCGAUGUCGACGGUGCCGAUGUCAAUGCGUGCCGAAGUCGAUAUCUACUAGCGCCGAUGUCGGGAAGAAUUGGAACCGAAGUUAUUCCACAAUGGUACCGAUGUCGUCUGCAUUAGGAGCCAAAGUCGACGUGCAUUGGUUUCGAUGUCGAAUGAAUGCGGCGCCGAUGCAGAGCCAAUGUUGUGCCAAUGUGUUGACAAAGUGGAGCCGAAGUGGAGCCAACGACGUUCCGAUGCAGUAA